AUGAAACUGACCAUGACCCUCAGACACCUGGCUACAGGAGACCGGUAUCACACCCUCCAGUAUGACUUCCGAUGUGGCUACAGCACAGUGGUAUGGACUGUGCAGGAAGUCUGUCAGGUCUGUCAGGUCAUCAUACAGGAGCUGAAGGAUGAAGUCAUGCCACUGCUAAGGACCCAGGAGGACUGUAAGGCCAUUGCCCAGCAGUUCCAAGACCGGUGGAAUGUUCCUCAUGCCCUGGGGGCCUUGUAUGGCAAGCACAUAGCCAUCAGGAAACCACACAAGUCAGGCAGUGUGUUCUACAACUACAAAGGCUUCUUCUCCGUGGUGCUGCUUGCCCUUGUGGAUGCAGAUUAUAAGUUUAUCUGGAUAGACACUGGUGGAGAAGGUCAUCAAUCUGACGGACAGCUGUUUGGUGCUUCAGAACUGAAAGAGUGCAUUGAUGACACCACCAUAAACUUCCCUGACAGCGAUCCUCUGCCCAAUGAUGACAGAGACACACCCUACUACAUCCGAUUCGUGGUCACAACCUCCAAUUCACGAAUCCCUGAAUGA